GCUUUCAACAGCUGGACCUUCACACAAGGAACCUCGUGUAUAGUCUGCUCAUCAAAGGGUCAAUAGCGCACAAUCAAACUCUUGUGUCAUAUGCGUGCUAUAUCAACAGCCAGUCCAACUAUCCCAAGACCUGCCCACCUCAUCUACCCCUUAUCCGUCUUUCACACUAUCUGAGGGCCGCGCGGUGAACCAUCAGAUACACAAGUGAGUGAUUCGUUUCAGUCGGCACUGUCCUCGACAGUCCCCCAGGUUCAAUUCGGUUGCUCGCAGUCAGUUCAAUCUAUCAUCACUCCAAACCAUGUAUUUCACAGCUCCAGUGGCUUCCAACACCUUCCUCGAGCUCGCCUAUUUCAUCCUUGGCGGUUUCUACCCACUUCCCUUUCUCUCCUCUCUUCUAUCUACUUAUUCGUUCCUUCGUCCCUUCAUCUCUCUCCUUGAGAAACACCUUCUGUGCUUUCACUGACAAUGGCUCCGAUAUCAAAGGACGAGCACAUCCUCCUCCUCUUCGCUUGCAUCAAGAACAGCAGAGGCCCAGGUCAGGUCGACUGGAACGGCGUAGCCACCGACACACAGCUCACUUCCAACGCCGUAGCCAAACGCUUCAACAAACUCGCCAAAGACUAUGGGGUCCGUGGAGUAUUGCGCGGUGGCACUGGCCGCGUUUCUGCUGCUGGUACCAAGAAUCGCCCUGAACAUGAAGAAGGAGAGCAAGGAGACUCGCAGGAAGAUUCGUCGGGAGCAAAAGGAAAGGGAGGCCAAAAGGGCGGCAAAGGCAGAGCUUCGAAGAAGAGAAAGAUAAGCAAGGUCGCUUCCACUUCUGAUGACGAAAGCGACGGCGACAACGAGCAAGUCGACUACGAUGCUCAAGAUGUUGUUGCUGGCGAGCAAGAGGACAUCAAGCCCGAAUUGGAUGGCGAUGACGAGGCUGUCGCUUGA